AUGGCGCCGUUGGUCUGCUCCGCGGUCGUCAUUGAUGCCGACCGCGUCGCGCCAGCCCAGCCGCGCACCAUCCCCGACCUCCGGGCGGGAGUCCCUCGCCCGCACGCCGUCCGUCGCCGCCGUGGCCGACCCGGCCACCUCCGCGCCGCCUUGCCUUGCCCCUCCUCCACGCCUCGACCUCCCCUCCGCCUUUAUAAGUGCCGCCCCGGGCCCCACCUCUCUCUCUGCUCACGCCGCCACCCCUCCCGCAUCUCCCGCCUCCCGCAGCAGAUCGUCGCGUCGCCGCCGCUGCUUUGCGUCACCGCCGCCACCGCUCGCGCCACCUGCCGCCGACGCAGCUGCCGCUGCCUCGCGCCGCCUCCCGCUACUGCCGUCACCUCGCCGGAGCCGCCGCCCGCCUCGCCGUUGACCGCCGCCAGCCGAACCCCGUUUAACCGCCGCCUGGGCCGGCCCAGGGCCCAGCCGACCGUGUCGCGCCAGCCCAGCCGUGCACCGUCCCCGACCUCCGGGCGGGAGUCCCUCACCCGCACGCCGUCCGCCGCCGCCGUGGCCGACCCGGCCACCUCCGCGCCGCCUUGCCUUGCACCUCCUCCACGCCUCGACCUCCCCUCCGCCUUUAUAAGCGCUGCCCCGGGCCCCGCCUCUCUCUCUGCUCGCGCCGCCGCCCCUCCCGCAUCUCGCCGCCUCCUGCAGCAGAUUGCCGCGCCGCCGCCGCUCGCGCCACCUGCCACCGACGCCGCUGCCGCUGCCUCGCGCCGCUGCCGUCACCUCGCUGGAGCCGCCGCCCGCCUUGCCGUUGACCACCGCCCCGGUCCGGCUGCUCGAUCGAGCUCGCCGUCGACGUCGCCGCCGCCCUCUGCCUCGACCUCGCCGUCGACUCCCUCUGCCCCGACCUCGCGCGUCGACGCCCUCUGCCCCGACCUCGCCGUCGACUCCCUCUGCCCCUACCUCGCCGUGGCCGCCCUCUGCCCCGACCUCGCCGUGGCCGCCCUCUGCCCCGACAUCGCCGUCGCCGCCUAG